UGACGUCACGAGGCUACGUAAGCUACGUAACUAUGACUACAGAUAAUGGUGAUGACCACGAGGAAGUAACACGAGAUCCGCUGCUGAAAAUGUUUACAUUUAGUUUAACGCUCGUACGACAUGGGGAAACACGGUACAACAGGGAAAAGCUGCUGCAAGGACAAGGUGUGGACAUGCUCUUGUCUGAAACCGGUGUGCAGCAGGGUGAGGCUGUAGGACGAUACCUCAGUGACAUCACAUUCAACAAUGUGUUUGCCAGUAACCUACAACGAGCCAUACAGACAGCUGAAAUAAUUCUGAGGAACAACACUCACUGUUCUGGCAAGGAGAUGAUUUUGGAGCCGUUACUCAGAGAGAGGGGGUUUGGCAUUGCUGAAGGACAUCCCAAAGAGGAUCUGAAGAACAUGGCCAACGCUGCUGGCCAGUCGUGUCGUGACUACACCCCUCCAGGAGGAGAGACUUUAGACCAGGUGAAGCUGCGAUUCAAAAGAUUCCUGAAAGUGCUUUUCAAGCAAAUGUUGGAUCAACACGGUGGGUCAAGACCAGAUGCCUCUGCAGAAGCAUCAGAAGCUGGAGACGCCACCAACGGGACUGCAGCUGCCGCCUCAGGCGUCGCUUGUGGUGGUUCGGCUGACGACGGUCUCCAGGGAGUGCCGGUCCACGCUCUGGUCCUGAGCCACGGCGCUUACAUCCAUGUAGCCAUCAAGCACCUUGUAGAGGACUUAAAGUGCUCUCUGCCCGCAGGGGUGAAGAUGUCGCAGCUGUUUUCACCCUGUCCAAACACGGGCGUCAGUCGCUUCAUUCUCACUCUGAGCCAGUCCGAGUCCGGCCCGGUCCUCACUGCAGCUCGCUGCUGCUUUACCAACAGGAAGGAUCACCUGGAAAACCUCCCAACUGCUAAAAAGUGUUAAGAGAAAGAUAGAAGUUUUAUGUAUGGAGUACUGUUUGUGUGCAUAUGCACACAGUUUUUGACUGAUUGAGGAACAAUCAUGAACACUAAAGGGAAAUAAGAGGCAAAGGCCUCAAAGUUACCACAGGUAACUGAAUCAACAAUGCACAUAGUAAAUUAAGUUUUCUCAAUAUUCAAUAGUGUUUUAUUGUGGAUCAGUAGUGAAAAUAAUUGUGCAGUACUGUACUAUCAAACAACCUCAUUUUCCUCUGAAUUAUGAGUCCUUUCUGUAGCCCAGUAAGGACUUGUACUUUUUUUAAUGCUGUUCUUUUUAUUUAUCUUAUUUUAUUAUGGUAUACCAAAGUCAGUCACUAUUUAAUGUAUUAUUGAACACUGUCAGUAGGUGUGGCAUUUUGAAGUUGAUCAUGUCCUUUGUUGCAAUUGUGGUGCUGCCCGUUUUACUUGUGCAAUACAAUAUGACAUCAGUAAUCACUAAUUUAAUAUAAACAAGAAAUUGGGUGCUAUAGGUUAACAACAGAUAAUUCUUUUCGUUUCCAGCACCUAUCCCAUUGAGGUUUUAUGGAUGUGUUUCAUGGUAUUAAUACAUUUUAAAAAAAAUAUUUUGACACGUCGCAAAGGCCACAGGCUGGAUUUGAGUCAAGCUUGUACAUGGAGCGCUCACUCUACCAACUAAGUCCCAUUUAUUCAUUUUUUUUCAUUUGGGUGUUUGUUUAUAUUUAUCACUACAGACUGCAUAGAUGUAAUGUAUAUUCUGCUCAUUGCCACAUGUUGAUGGAUUCACAUUCACUAAAUUCUUAUCCAGUAAUUGUGUUAAAACAACACAUCAUGCACCUGAUAUUAAAGUCUCUCAGUUUAACAGACAAAAA